AUGGAUGACGCCCUCCGUCACUGGUGGGUGAACUUUGGCCACUCCUUGAUGCCAAAUGACAUGGCUUACAGCCCCGACGAUGAACCCUCUCUCAUACCACACAGUGUGUCUGCUCAGAAACGGUCAGUUACUGCCACCUUGAACCCAGUAAUCAUUCACCACCGGAACCAGAGCAGCAUUUCAUCAGACUCUGACGUGGAGCUGGACUUCAAGCCAAACCGAUGGUCUAAGAGAACCAUCUCAUUAGACAGUACGGGAAAUAGUGUCUCCUCGUCUGUGGCCAGUAGUCCAGCUCCAACAUGUGAAAACUCCAAGGACUUUGCACGGGAAGCUGGUGAUGAUCCUGCAGCAAUUGCUUCAGGGUUGCUGAAGCUACCACCUGAUGUUUUAGAAAUGUUAAAGGGAUGUAGCAGUAAGUCACUAGCAGCCUUGCUGAAUAUGGAUAGAAACUCUUCUGAUUUUGAUGCAAACAUCAGUAACAGUGGCAGCAAAUCUUCGCACACGGGGACAGAAAAUACAGAGAAUGCAGGAUCAGACAAGAUGUCAUCAUCUUCAUCUUCUUCAGUUUUUGAUUCAGAGAGGAAACCCAAGAGGGGUAUCUUGAAAAGAAAAGGAAAGUUUUCAGGAAAUGACAGUGGUUGUGUUACACCAGAGGAAAUGGCAGUGAGAGCAGAAGAAAAUGCGCUACCCAAAUCUGGACAUCUGCCACAUAGACUUCCCUCUUUCAGGGGUGAAGCUCACGGUAUUUUUGCAUCGAAGCAUCAGUCUAGCCAGCUUCUGGAACAUGCUUCUGAAAGUUUACACCUUGAAAGCUGUAGCAGCCCCAUUGUGCUCUCAUCAGCUUCUUCUUCCUCUACUCGGGUACUCACACAACAGACGUACCAUCUUCAGCUUUCCCACCCAAGAAAACCCCAAGAGAACAUACCGUACACACCUGCCACUUAUUGCCAUCCUGAUUAUGUUGAAGACUUCACUGCUGACAGAACCACAGUUUUCACUAAUGGAAAUGUUUCACCACAGCAAGAAGCCAGCACCCAGACAGCAACAGAAGAUUCCACAAAUGCCAGUACUUUCAGUAAAGAACCAGUCAAAGUCAUCUACCGACCAAAGAGCAUCCUGAAAAAAGCUGCAGGUGAUGAUGGCAGGAACAGGUUAAGUAUCAGCAGUAUUGGGUCCAACUCUUCAGCAGAUAUCUUGGAUCUGUCUUAUGACAGUGGGGACAGCGAUCACUUUGUCAAUUGUGGAGCAGAACACUCUUCAAACACCGAAGUCAAUGGUGCUACAGACAAUGAUCACCUUAUAGAUCAGCUUCGAACAGCUGACCAGAGGAGUUACAGUUUAGAUGAAGGGCUGCUGGCCCUUCAGAUCACCGACCAGUCUGCAGCGCUGGCAUACGCAGGUCGUAACCGGUCAUUUAGUGAUAACAAUGGAGAACUUUUAGUCAGCAGCUCAUCUUUGAUGUGCAGACUGACAAUGGAUGCUCAGAGUUUACUGUGA